AGGAUGCUGUGUUCUGUGCUCUUUUGUGAAUGUCUGUGGCUGAUAACUGCUUAUGCUCAUGAUGAUGACUGGAUUGACCCCACAGACAUGCUUAACUAUGAUGCUGCUUCAGGAACAAUGAGAAGAUCUCAGGUGAAGUAUGGUACAUCAAAGAAAGAAGAGGUCAGUCCUGACUUACCACAUGCUGAUGAACUGUCAGAAUGUUACAGCAGACUUGAUUCUUUAACUCAUAAGAUCGAUGAGUGUGAAAAGCAGAAGAGAAAAGACUAUGAAAGUCAAAGCAAUCCUGUUUUUAGGAGAUACUUAAAUAAGAUUUUAAUUGAAACCAGAAAGCUUGGCCUUCCUGAUGAAAACAAAGGUGAUAUGCAUUAUGAUGCUGAGAUUAUCCUUAAAAGACAAACCUUGUUAGAAAUACAAAAGUUUCUCAGUGGAGAGGAUUGGAAACCAGGAGCCUUGGAUGAUGCACUAAGUGAUAUUUUAAUUAAUUUUAAGUUUCAUAAUUUUGAAACAUGGAAGUGGCAAUUUGAAGAUUUCUUUGGAGUGGAUCCAUAUAACGUAUUGAUGAUGCUUCUUUGUCUGCUCUGCAUCGUGGUGUUAGUAGCUACUGAGCUGUGGACAUGUGUGCGUUGGUACACCCAGUUGAGACGUGUUUUAUUCAUCAGUUUUCUCAUCAGUUUGGGAUGGAAUUGGAUUUAUUUAUAUAAGCUAGCCUUUGCCCAGCAUCAGGCUGAAGUUGCCAAGAUGGAGCCAUUAAACAAUGUGUGUGCUGAGAACAUGGAUUGGACUGGAAGUCUCUUGGAAUGGCUUAGAAGUUCAUGGACCUAUAAGGAUGACUCAUGCCAAAAAUACUACGAGCUCUUAUUAGUCAACCCUAUUUGGUUGGUCCCACCAACAAAGGCACUGGCAGUUACAUUCACCAACUUUGUCACGGAGCCAUUGAAGCAUAUUGGAAAAGGAGUUGGUGAAUUUAUUAAAGCACUCAUGAAGGAGAUCCCAGUGUUACUACACAUUCCAGUGCUGAUAAUUAUGGCAUUAGCUGUCCUGAGUUUCUGCUAUGGUGCUGGAAAAUCAGUUAAUAUGCUGAGACAUGUGGGUGGCCCUGAAAGAGAACCACCCCAGGCACUUCAGCCAGGUGAAAGAAGAUGGCAGCAGGAAAUUGAUUAUAGACCCCGUGGUGGAGCAGGUGAUGCAGAUUUCUAUUAUAGGGGCCAAAUUGGCCCCAUUGAGCAAGGCCCUAAUGACAAAAUAUGUGAGGGUAGAAGAGAUGUUUUGAGAGAGAGAGAUGUUGACUUGAGAUUUCAGACUGGCAACAAGAGCCUUGAAGUGCUUCCGGCAUUUGAUUUACCAGACGCAGAGGCGAGAGAGCAUCCCAAGGUGGUACCCAGUCAUAAAUCACCUAUUUUGGAUACAAAGCCCAGAGAAAUUGGUGGAAUCUCAGGAGAAAGCACACUGACUGAAAGCAGCCAGUCUGCUAAGCCUGUCUCUGGCCAAAAGAUACCAGAGAGUGUGGAAGGUUCCCCUGCAGUGGAAAAGGCCCAGCUCAGGACUGACGCCACAGGCGGCCCAGAGGAAGGCAGCACGUCCAGCCGCACUGCAGUGAGGGUGUGUGGAAGGGAUCCAGACUGCAGCCCAUGUGGCUAG